CCAGCACUAGCCCUGCUCCCAGCAGCAGUAAGUUGUGCUGCACUGUCACUGUAACUUUGCACUUGCAGAAAACCUCCUUCCCCAGGGACUGGGAAGGAAACUGAGCAGCGUAGAGCGAAGUUAAUUGCUUUAACACAGUCCUGAACUUGUGCAAGGUGAGCAUCAGCUCCAGCCCUGCUCCAGAAAUAUAAAGAGAGGAGAGAAAACUUCGCUUGGAGGUGAUGUGGAGAAGUGAGCCCUGGAGGCGGGGGCUGCAGGGAGGGCUCCCCACGGCCGCCCGCCCGCCCUGGCACACGCGUAACCCAAAACUGCGCUGCUCCGCAACAGCCGGCGGCACACGGAGGCAGAGACAACAGCUGGCUGUCAGUGCUGAGCGAGCAGAGCCAGCGCCGAGCCGGGAUGAGGGGAGGGAUGACGUGAAAGUUUCAGAAGGCAGAAGGAAAACAAGAGGAGGAGAGCUCGUGGUACGGCUGGGAGCCAAGAGUAGAAAACACAAAUCACUUCACCUCUGCCCACGCUGCCAUCUCUGGGAAUGGAAGCAAAACUGGAAACCUGCUGAUAGAAUCACAGCGCUGUGUGAAGGGGAAAGGAACCACUUCUGGAGCAGCUCACCUGGGGCUGGAGAGGUUGAGCCAGAAUGUCUUCUGAAGUCUUUCUGAAGGAAAUGCAAACCAUUGGUGAGAAACUUCUCCUUAAGCUCCAGAAAUUGCCCAAGGCUGACCCCGUAGAGAUCGUGUCCUUCUGUGUGGUGCUCCUGUUUAUUGUUACUGUUCUUGUGCUGAUGAUCAUUGCUUGCAGCUGCUGCUGUUAUAGCUGCUGUAGCUUCAAUGAGGGUCCUGACCACAGACGUAGGAAGGCCCAAGUCCGCCCGACUGCCCAUCCAUGAAGUGCAUCAAGAGGUGACACAACCCAUUAUCAAGGACAUGCAUGGACAUCAUGAUUCAGUCCCAUGGGAAUAACCCUCUGGACUAAUGCACUGGAAAUGGCAAUAGCAAUAUUAAUGAUUAUGACUCAGAGGACCAGAAACCAUGGCAUGAAAUUUGUUCUUUCUGUGACAGCUACUGCUGGGCUCUGUGGUACGAGCAGAAAGGUAACACAACUUCACCAUAACUGUCUCCAUGUUUGGGGUGGGCUGGGAGUGCAUAGACACCAGCUUCUAAUAGAACAGACACACUUACCCAGUAACAGUCCUGCAGCUGGGCUAAGUCAGGGGAUCCUGUUGUGAGCAUCAAGCCAAACACCACAGCAGAGAAUGUGAGAGCUGUCACAUGGAUAGGGGGCACCUACUUUACUAGUGGUUAAUCCAGAAGGAUGAUGCUGGCAUCGUUGGGAUGUUGACAUGCUUAGUAUAUCUUGGAUCAAGUCCAAACCUUCUCUCUCAAAAGCCACAUGCGAUAGACACCUUUAGCUGAGAUGACUGCUGAAAACAACAGAUUGUCAACCUGAUGUACAUCUGCCACCAGAGACUCUAUGUACAGCUCCCUGACUACAAAUACUCCCUGCCUUCUUUUGUGUCACAAUGAUGCGAAACUGUCAAAAUGAAAAAAUUCAGAUCAUGUACAAUACCCUUUGUAAAGAGAAAGAUGAAGGCAUUCAAGGAAAAUUCACUGAUGUUACAGUUUAAUUUGAUAAAUGUGCUUCCUCCCAGCUUCCAUGUGAUAGUUAGAUCUUUCAUGAAUUCUGCCCUUCUGCAGGUGAGUGGUCCUUAGAGCAUGGGACUUACAGGAGUCAAACAAACCCUCAUCCUUACUUGAGGGACCUGUGUGCCUGACUCCAUGCACCACGUGCAGCUUAUUUCAGUGGACAUAAACAAUAUGCCAAAGGUAUGUUUAUUAGCAUACACAAAGGCAUUUCAAAGGAGUGACACACAGUACAGUAAUUGUCACUUCAGGGUAUACAUGCAGCAGCUGAUGGCUGGCAUUGUGACAAAGCACAGCCAAGAAUGGCCUGUACAGCUGAAGUUACCAAGUGAAAAUAAAUCCCUAUUCCAUGCUGCAGCCACUGUGUAUGUUUGGUUUACACUGCGGUGAACUUCAAGGUAUUUCUCUAAGUACAGAUCUAUGGUGCAGACAAGGACUUUUGUAACUGGGCCAGCCAAAGGGAAGACCAUCAUGUUGCAUCCAACUCUGCCCAAAGUGUGAGAAAAGUCACUUUACAAGAAGGUAUGAAAAGAUAAGUACUCACAGAUAAGUCAUCUUCUAACCCUUGUAUUCCACAUUCUAAGUGCAGAGGAGCCAAGGGAAUUACACAUAAGUGUAUUACAACCAAGUCCAGCAAGAGAGAAAAUAAUCAGGUUUUUAACAGUGGGAUUUUAAGUAUUUUCAUGCUUCAGAAGGGACAACAAAACAGAAACUUUGUAAAGUUUCUCUGAUGCCUGUGCACAAAUUACUAGAAUGGAAAUUACAUCUGUAGCUUUUCGUUUAUUUAAUGCACUUAAAAAAAGAAAUAAACCAGCUGUAGGUAUUUCACAUUUUUUCCACUCGGAUAUUGGAAUAAAUCUGCAGCCACCAACACAGAGAAUGGUCGAAAAUUUAUGACAAAGUUCCUCAAACCACCAACAUCACUUAAAACUUAAUUAAAAAUAAAAGCAGCAGGUAAAAAAAAAUGAACUAAAGCCAACAACCUUCCAGGAGAAAAUGGGGACAUUCCCUAGAAAUUAAGUGAUUGAGCCCCAUUUACUGAAUACCCAUAAAAUGAGGACUGUACCAGUGUAAGCUGCUACAGGCACAGCCACAUUAAGGCCAACAAAUUGCUGGCCUCUAUUAUUCUAUUCCAAAGCUUCCACUUCCAUCAGAUAUGCUAAGGUAGGAUACGCUCAAGCAUGGCGCCAGUUUACUGCAAUCAACAUGCCAAGAUGCAUCUCAUUAACCUCUCUGUCAGAUGUUUUUGCUCCUUUUAUUUACAAACAAGUGACAACCGAGGUGACACAGAAGUCUCAGAACCUCUCUUCUGCAGUAGACAGGCUCAACUGACAUUUUAGGUUCUAAGUUAAAUCAUGAGAGAUGUGAAAGAACAGAGCUUACUUUCUUUCCUAGCCUGUGCUAGACAGUGCCAGCUACAGCAGUUAACAGAAUCCCAUUGAGAAAUGUUUUAGCAGCAUGGAACCAGGCUGUACUAGCAGUUAGGAGGAAGCUCAGCAGGCUGGAAACACACCAACAGCUCUGACAGGUUGCUGUAAGUGGGAAUAAGCUGCCAGGCACUAUUGCAAAAGGAAAUAUACUCACCCCGUCGUGUUACAAGCUAAACCACUGAUAGAUACAAGGAAGGGGACAGGGGAAACAGCUCCUUUCUUAUUUCUCCCACUAUUAGUUCAUGAAUUAGAGCACAGAUACAGAAUAGGAAAGAAAAUUAAGCAAUUUUGUAAAGAAUGCAUCUGGCUUCUGGAGAAGCCACCAAGGAGAAAAGGGGCUGUGGGCCAAUUUACGUACACUUGCCUGCACCUGACUUUUUUUGGUUGUUUUGUUUCAUCCUUUAUGUGAAUAAAAGGACCUGGAGUGCCCAGAGCACCAGUGAGCAUGAAUCCUGUUUCAAAAAGCACAGAGGAGGCAGACUACUGUAAAACUGUUUCAAUCACAGCAGUUUUAGUUUGCCUGGAAGAAACUGCAAGGGGAAACAGUUACUUCAGUCCUGAUGAUACAAGUGUCGAAAUAGCUUCCUUUACAGAUAAACACAAAGCAGGUCACAACCUCUUCAGAAGCAGCAGCUGAAGCUUCACUGAGCACUUAAUGGAACAGCUUACAUCUUAUAACAUAAUCAGUCAGGCUUCAAAGAGACUUGCUUGGCUUGUCAAAAACAAGUUUCUUUUUGCUCAUACCUUCCUUCCCCUCUCUCACUUCUCUUUAGCACUUUCCCUCUGUUAUUCCUCAGUUAAGAAAGCAACAGGAAGAGUUUGUAUUGCAGCUAACAGCAGUACAAGGUUAUAUGACUUCAGCCACUGAAACUGUCAUGAUGAAGUUUGGACUAGAGGAUAGAGAUGUUCAGAGUCCACUUAACACAUGCAACCUCCUAACAGAACUUGUAAUACAAAUACAGUCAAGACCCAAAAAAGAACAACCUCUUCUCCUCAUUGCAACCUUCCUAAAAUAGAGGAUGCAAAAGACCUCUACAAGCACUCAAAAAGGUGCUUGAAUGGAUAAAGACAUGGAGAGAAAGAAAUUAAUAACACGCGAACUGAGUAUUUCUAACUAGGCUCAAGGCCUUUGAUUAGAUUAGCCACACCUUUGCAGGAUAGCUACCUGUUAAACAUUUACUGCAGUUCAAAUAGGUAAUUUCCAUGAUAAUUCUACAGCUGUCCAGGUGUAGUAAAGGGAUCUUUAACCACAGGUUAAGAUCUUUUCAAGCAGGUGAAGAAGAGACACCAGAAGAUCUGCCUGCUGCAAACUCAACAGCUUCAGCAGGGUGGAAGGCACCAUGUCACCAGUACAAGAGAAAUCCUCAGCUCUGGAAGACCUAAGGAAUUGGAUUGCAAGAAGUGACUGGGCUAUUGCAGGGCUAGUGGUGAUUGGCAUCUUCUGCCUUGUUAUUGUUGCUUUCUUCUUAAUUGCAACCCUCUAUGGGUGCUGCUCAUCACCAAGACAUAAACGGACUAGGGCAUAAACAGUAAAGCCGAGGUGCAGUACUUGGAGCUCCGCAUUUAAGCAAGAUUCAGUCCAGCUGCAAUAUGUUGCUCUCAUCUUCUGUCCUCAGGUGGUUAUUUCUCCCCAUUCAGCUUUCCUACACUGAGGGCAACGUACCUAUGCCAGCAGGUUGUUCUGCAAGUCCACAGCAAACCCCACACACAGCAAUCUGUAUUCAGGAAGUGAAUGAGGACUCCGGCAUUUUGUUAAUUAUGCUUCUUUCUGAUUUCUCAUCUUUCAAGCAAAACCACAGGAUAGUCUUGCCAAGUGGUCAGAGCUACCUGAAAACAAUGAAGAUCUUUUCCACUACUGCAAUGACUUGUUUGUUUUUCUAUUUUGCAAAUUGGCAUUAGGAAACUGACCAGCAGAAGCUUUCUAUGAAUCAAUUCUCUAAAAGCAGCUUCAGCAGUUGUUCUCCCAUCAUAAUCAAACAAUAGCCUAAAUAUACUAGGCAAAAAUUUACCUGCCAGAAUA